UGGCUGUUUGUACGUCUACAAGAAAUUCAGAGAGACGAAAAUCUAAAACAGACUAAGAGUCGCUGUGAGGAAGUGACAUCACAGUAACCACAGGAAGUAGACGCAGCAGCUCUCUACUAAAGCACGACUUUAGACAGUCCAGAGACAGAAGAAGAAGAGAGACAGAGAGUCACCAUGGUCGACUCAAAUGGAUUCUUAUAGCGCUGCUUCAGUUUACAGCAGCUUCCAGACUGUGACAGUUAACAGCCGAGAAGAGACAGAAGACGGACUGAAGCACGAUGGUUGAUUUCUGGGUUGUGUCUUCAUUUCUGAUUCUGCUGCUUCACUCUACAGCAGCAGUGACUGGACAAUCUAUUCUCCGUGUUGCUGUCAGAGUUGGAGAUGAAGUCACUUUGCCUUGUAAAAAUGUGACUGGUAAUCAGGACAAAUGUAAACGUACUUGGCUCUUCGUUGCUCCAAAAAGCAGCGAAACAGUAGAGCUGAUUAAAGAUGGGCAGAUUUCUAAAAGAGCCAAAUCUAAAUCAGACAGACUGAGUGUUACACAGAACUGUUCUCUGGUUAUAAAGAAGGUCACAGAUGAGGAUGUUGGUCAGUACACCUGCAGACAGGAUGGAUCAGGACGUGGAGACAGUCGGGUUGAUCUGUCUGUUGUUUUCAUGACUGAACACGAGAACAAUGAUGAGGUGACGUUGUCCUGCUCUGUGUCGGAACAUGAAUGGUGUUAUCACAGAGUGGAGUGGCUGUAUGAGGGUAAAGUUAAAGACAAGACAUCACAUAGUAUUUGCUCAGUUAAUGUGACCUAUGAGAAGCAGGAGUCAAAGAAGUACAAGUCACUUAACUGUGAAGUGAGUGAUCUUUACAAUGGACAAGAGCAGCAGUUUCCCUUCAGCCGUCAGACCUCAGGUGAGAAACCAGGUGAUGCAGCAACAACGGCAACAACAACAAGACCAGCAACAAUGGCAACAACAACAAGACCAGCAACAAGACCAGCAACAACGGCAACAACAACAAGACCAGCAAACAAUGGCAACAACAACAAGACCAGCAACAACGGCAACAACAACACAAGGUGGCUGAUGAUGAAGAUGAUGGUGCAGUGA